AUGCACGAUGCCGGGUGCGACGACUUGGGAGUGUCUGGGGUGUGUCUCGACCCAGCUUCCUCUCGCCAAAAUAACUUGAUGGUUGUACUUUGAAGUUGCGUGACACAAUACGAAACAUUUAACUUGGGUGAUUUCGAUCCCCAGACUAACUUCCUCUACUUUCGUUGACGUGCGAAGUUUGAUAACGAAAAAUUCAUAUUUCAUUUGUACCAUAUGCUGUAGAUAUAAGGAUCACAUGCUGAUUUUAUGGAAAGAACGAUCGGAGCAGUUUUUGUCCUUGUCAUGUGAUUCUAUUGUGACAGACAAGUCACGCCUAGUACCCACAGUUCCCCUCGCCCUCCUUAGUGUCUAGUACCAGUAUUUGUGCAAUCGUGUUUCGUGGCGCAUUUGGUUCGAUUAUUAACGUCUUUAUUCGAAGUGGACUUGAACUCAAGCGCGAUGGUGGGUAUACAAAAAUUUAAAUACCCUACGCACUCUUUUCAUCUUUGCUCCAACUAAUUAGGCCUUAACUGGCCGUAGUUUUACCAUAAUCCGACAGUUUGACUUAUGCUUAAGACUGGGAAUUUUUUCGGAUGUUCAGCCCGGCCCCUGUGACUAGAAUAUAUAACUUCUUAACUCUGGACUUUGCUUCUUACUUCGUUCCCUCAAGGUUAAAUGUAUUUUCUAAAAAUUAAGCACUUUACUUAAAGCUCUGAGGUUUAAUUACUGAAUAAUCUACCACAUGGCCUUCUUUCUGAUUCAUUGACCACGUAGUUUGCAUUUCGCAAGUUCUGAAAUAUAAUUUGCAUGGGACAAACUUACCCUUGCGUUUAGGACAAAUUUUCGAUGUUAGACAAGCUUAUUUAUAUUAACUACUAGCAACUACAUUUUUACUGGGUGAAAAGAACAGAGUCGUAUUUUUAAUAGAAUUACCAGAAUGGGGUCGCACGUUUUUGGGGAUUUUGGGGGUAAGCAAAUUGUGUUUUAAAAGUAAGAAUUUAAAAAUGGGAAGAUCUUGGAGGGGUGGGGUGAUACUGUGUUUUGGAUCCCUCUCUCCAAGAGGAUGGUUGGAUCAGUUCUUUCCUUUUCCCAUCUACUGCUACAUUUCUCCCCUUUGGACUGUGAGUUUAGAGAGACCACUGAAAAAAAAUCUUGGCAAAUGUUCGUGGUUCAAACUCCUGUUGGACACAGGAAUGAGAAAGGUCCAAAACUUAAGUGGUUUUUUGUAAAGGUUGGCAUGUUUUUCAGUUUAUGCAUGCUUAGUGUUAAACAAAUUGAUAUCAUAUUUAAAUGAAUUUUUCCUGUUGAAACAAGGGAAAUUAUGUCAAAAUUGUACUAUUGAUAAAGUGAAAUCACAACAUUUUAUCUCUGUCUGUCUUCUCAAAAUCACAGGCGAGUGCAAGAGCCAAAAUUUGUGAGAAGUCCACAAAAUAAUUUUAUGAGAUUGAUAAUUUUUAGGAGAAUGCAAUCAAGAACCAGAGAAAUUUGCACAAUUACUUUUAUUUUUUAGGAGAAAGAAGCUUUGUGUAUUUGUAUCACUGGUGCUGCUGGACAGAUUGCUUAUUCCCUUCUUUAUUCCAUUUGCAAAGGAGAUGUGUUUGGAACACAGCAGGUAAGAAUAAAGGAUAUCACUAACUAGAUCAGUGUUAGGCUUUAGAAAAUGAAUCCAAUUUUUAAACAAAAUGAGCCAAUAGAAGUCACUUGUUGUGGUUCCUCAACAUUUCUUCAAUGUUUUUGGUGUCUUCAGACCAUAAAUAAUGGAUGUAUUCUUUUCCUCAGCCACUGAUUGUGCACUUAUUGGAUAUUGUUCCUAUGAUGCCUGUCUUGGAAGGCGUAGUGAUGGAAUUACAGGACUGUGCCUUUCCAUUGUUGCAAAGUAAGAAUCCUUUAACCCUUUAACUCCCAUGAGUGACCAAGACAGAAUUUCUCCUUACAAUAUCAAUACAAUAUUAACCAGCUAAGUAAUGAGAAUAGAGAAAAAUAUAGAUUUAGGGGAAAUUAGUUGAUCCAAUACUAAAUUCUCUUAACUAACACUAUAAGAAUUGUAUGGUUGGAAGUAAGGAGAAUUACAAAUUUGAUGUAGGAGUUAAAGGGUUAUAACAAGAGAAACUCUCAAUCUUGUAAAAUAAUAGUCUAUUAGACUUUGACUUGGAGAUGAAGCAAUACUCAGUUUACCAUCCAGCUCCCUGAAUGAAUGUUUGUUAUUCUAUAUUUCAAGGGUGCUUAGGGUUAGGCUGUGCAAAAACUUCUGAUGCACUGAGACAUUCUCUCUGCAAAUUUUCUUGAAUUUUCAUUUGAAAUUAAAGAAGAUUUUGAUGUUGCAGGAAAAGUCACCUUGGACUUAAUUCUUUACAGUCCUUUGUGUAUUUAAUAGAGUUGUGGAUAUACAAAAUAGAGUCACAUUCCAGCACACCUAUGUCAGGUUAACCCUUUACACCCUAAGAUCAGUAGACAUAUUCUCCAUACUGUUCUCUAUAAAUUUCCUAAGGUGCUGACAAGAAGAAUUUGCUUAAUAAUCAAGAGCUCUUGUACUUGUUGAUCAUUUCCAUUACUCUCGUAACCUUAAUGUAUGAUUUAAGGAUGAUAUUGUAAGGAGAAAUUAGAUGCUAGUCACUCUAAGGGGUGAAAGGGUUAACAAUGAUAUCUGCUAUACAAGGAACAUAACAUGUACAUUGUAUCCUCUAUUUAUCUCUGUCAGACAUAAUUGCGACAUCCGAGCCAAGUGUGGCAUUUGCCAACAUUGAUGUGGCCAUUCUUGUUGGAGCCAUGCCGCGAAAACAAGGAAUGGAGAGAAAAGAUCUUCUGAAAGCCAAUGCUAAGAUCUUUGUUGCACAGGGAAAGGCUCUGAAUGAUUACGCCAAGAAAACUGUCAAGGUACUAUGCUGGUGAAAGCAACCAUUCUAUUGUUGUUGUUCAUCAUUUUACUACAAUUCAUGGUUAUAAGCCCCCAACCCAAAUCCUCCACUACUUGGUUUUCCCUUUCACUUCAAAGAUUUUUUUUUUGUUUUCAUAGCUUGAUAUUGAAUUGAUAUUGUGAGAAGACGUUCUGUGUUGGUCACUCAUGGGAGAUGAAGCGUUAACUGAGAUCAAAGUCUUCUCCUAAUUCUGGGCUUAUUAAAACCAAACUGGCUUUACUUGAAUCCUCAAGUCUUAAUUGUAAUGGUACUUAGUAUUCACAUCAAUAAAAAAAUUUAUUGAGACCAUGCUUUUUACAGGACAGUUUCUUCUAGGAACAAACUAAAUGAAGCCCUCUGAAAACAUUUGUGAAUGAUAUAGAUAUUUUGAUGGUGCUUAAUAACUCCUUGUUAAUGGAUUUAAUUUCACAGGUUUUGGUUGUUGGAAACCCAGCAAACACAAACUGCAUGAUGGCCAAGAUGAAUGCUCCGUCCAUUCCUCCUGAAAAUUUUACAUGCUUGACGCGACUGGAUAUGAACAGAGCGAGGGCACAGGUAAACGAGAUAGGCAAUCAGUAAGAGAGUAAUUUAUCCUGAAUCACUUGGUUUGUAAGUCAGAUGGAGGCACAACUUUUGUAUUCGCUCCAUGCUGAUCUUGGCCAUAUCAGGGUUUUUACACUCUUGAAGUUUUGAAAAAGAGCUGGAAUGAGUUUGGAACAUAAAAUCCUAACUUAUUAAGAUAAGAAAUAGUGAAGAAUUGUUUUCCAAGCUGCAACCAGUGCUGAUUUCUGAGUGAUAUCUUUAUAAGGUAACUGAAUUCAAUGAGAGUACCCUUCACCAAACAUAUUUUAGGCAAUAUUAGAGACUUUUCAAUUAUUAUGAAAGCCUUGAAAAAUCUUUGACAAUAGAAACUAAUUAACAUGGCCUUUAUGCCAUAUGUUGCUAAGUUUUGGAGCAUGUACCUCAAAUUCCAAACUUCUGAGUUAUCCAACUUGACAAAGAAAGCAAAUACUUCCUCUCCUAUUCCUCUAACAAAUGAUUAAUAUUUUAUUACAAGAAAAAUUUUAUUGGCCUUUGCAGAUUGCAAUGAGAGUGGGCACUCAAGUUGAAGAUGUAAAAAACAUCAUUAUCUGGGGAAAUCACUCUUCCACUCAGUACCCAGAUGUCAAUCAUGGGACUGUUAAUAUGCCACAGGGAUGCAUAUCAAUCAGGGAGGCUGUCAGUGAUGACAGUUUUUUGAAUGGGGAAUUUAUUACAGUAAGUUCCUUGAUAUUGUGGGCUGGUACAUUCAUUUGUUGUUUUGGGGUGUGGUGUGGUGCUAGGUAGACUAAUUUAUUUUCAGGACAACUUGGUUUUAUCAACUGAGUUGCUAUUGUAAAAUUGGCCAGGGUAAAGAGUUUAUAAAGUUGACAUUUUAAGGAUUAGUCCUUCUUCAGAGCAACAGGCUUACAACAAAGGGCUCUGAUGAAGGGCUGAUGCUUGAAACCUCAGCUUUAGAAUCUCUCUGCAGUGGCCAAUUUACAAUUAUUUAUCAACUCAUUUGGUAAAGUAGCUGUCAUGCUGCGCAAAAUGAAGCUUGCUUGUGCAACUAAAUGUAAUUACUCAAAGUUAGUAGCUGUAUUAAACAGAAGUUUACGUCAUUACUCCUGCAUAUUUGUGCCACUGAUUGGGAGAAAUACUAAAAUGGAUUCUCUCUUCAGAAAGUGCAAAAGCGUGGUGCUGCUAUCAUUGCUGCUCGUAAGUUAUCCAGCGCCAUGUCAGCUGCCAAGGCAAUAUGUGAUCACAUGAGAAACUGGUGGUUUGGAACAGCUGAGGUAACUUUUAUAUCAGGGAUCAUAGGAUCCUCUCUCAUAAUGAUUUAACAACUAUUCUCCAAAGUGGAGGUGGCUGGUGAUGGAUAUUGAUUGAGCUGCAAAGGGGGAGGUAACUAUCAAUUGUUAACCACCAACACUGAGGUGAAAUGUUGUAUAAGUAUGUGCAGAAAAAGUGACAGAUCAUAUUGCACAAAAAUAUGAUUUUAAUUCAGUUAUUCUUGCAACCAUUACCAUAUUUUUGGGCACAAAUCCAGCAUGAGUUUUUUAGGGGUGAGUAAUAUAGGAUAGGGGGAGUUUGAAUAGCCAAUCAAAACACACCGUCAGUGUCAUCCUCUGUUUUUGUGUAGACUACUUCUAAAUCCCCUGGAGUGACUGAGUCAGUCAAGUGUGAAGUUCACAUCAAAUCUUGAAUAUUGAAAACAAAACUUGGAUGUUGAACAUUAAACUUGAAUUUUGGCCAGGAUUGAAUGCCAUAAUAAUUGGGCAACAGUAACAUACAAUCUAAAGGGGGGUCAACUGUAAAUGGGAGAGUAAGAUUUUUCCCUUGUCGAUAGAAACAAUUUCAUUUGCAUGUCAGCAGUCCUUUACUUGUAUUUGAUUUGAUUUUGUUAAGCUCUUGUAACAUUUCUUUACAGGGGGAGUUUGUUUCCAUGGGCGUGGUGUCAGAUGGUUCUUAUGGAAUUCCAAAAGAUAUUGUGUACUCAUUCCCAGUGAGAAUUUCCCCAGACCAUAAAUAUGAAAUAGUGAAGGGUCUGGCCAUUAGUGACUUCUCGCGUGAAAAAAUGGAUGCCACCGCUGAAGAGCUUUUGCAGGAGAAAGAGAGCUGUCAGUCGUUUCUUGAAUGACUAGCAGCACCAUCUCAGUUAUGACUUCUAUGUAACUUAAAGUACUGUAAUCACUGAAAUGAGUACCCUCCCUUAAGAUUUCUUGCUUCUUCCCCGAAACUAAAAUACUUGCAUUGUUAUUCAUUUGGGCUAACUAAUUUUGUGGUAUUAAAAGUAAAUUGUACCUUAACGCAAUUGUUAGUGUCUGUUGAACAAUGUAAGUUUUCCAACCCGAAGAAAUGUUUACUUUCAAUGGUGUUUAUCAUAGCUUGCCAACAGUUAGAAGAAAAGGAAUGAUUUUUAUUUUAGUUCCCAUCAAUAAUCUUCAGUGAGUUCCGUUGUCUAAUAUUUUCUCUUCUCUAUAAGGUUCUUGCCUCUCUGGUUUGAGCAUUUAUGUUUACUUGACUGUGUAAUGUUUUCCAGUUUGGGCUGAAGUCAGUCAAGUGCUGUGUGGCAUUUUGCCAAAGAUACAACUUGCAUGGGUGGUGUGUGAUAUUGUUGAGUUUUGCUGACACUUAAUAAAGUCAAAACUUCAA